CGGCAAGUUUCGAACCUGCACUAAGAGAAACAGAUUUUGAUUCUGUUGUGGUAGCCACUUAGUUAAGACCAGUUAGAUGAACCUUCGACAAAACCAUCCAUGAGUGGAUGUCAAGGUGUGUUCCGAGAGAGAGAAAAACUUGGUUCGAACCUGCGCACAGACUGACAGAGGUUUCGAUUAUAGGAAAAAUUGAUAGUCCGCUGCCUGCAUGCCAUGUCAUGAUCUACGGUUUGUCACGUGGCGACGUCAAAGACGCCUUUCUAGCUGGCUUCCCUGCUGCAUCCCAUUCAGUACCAGUACUUGCCCUUACCACCCCAUUUGUAAAUUGUCAGACAAGCUGAUACAAUUGUCGUGAUAGCACUGCACCACAUUUUACCAUACAUCAGCCGACCAUUUCCCUCGCCUGCUGCCUGAAUAUCAGCCCUUCAUACCUCUGUCCGCACUGUAUGAGGCCUCAGAAAGACUUUUCCUUUGGCGAGGCAUGAAUUCUUCCCCAUUGACCACCAUUGACCACCCAAUCACUCGCCACAUCGCUGAUAUGGCCAACCAGGCAGCCCUUCGUGACACCGCCAGCUACGAUGCUGGAUUGCGGAAGUUUCAUGUCUUCUGCGACGUGUUUUCAAUACCCGAAUCCGACCGUCUUCCAGCAUCCUUCAAAUUGCUCCACUCCUUUGCUCUGUGGGCAGUCACAGAUCGAGAGCCUGGUGACCCUCUUUUAUCAGCAGGGGGAAGCUCAGUUAGCUUUGAACCAGUCUCCGUUGGGGUUGCUCGUAAAUACCUGUCUGCCGUGCAAGCUUGGCACAUUGCACAGGGAUGGCCGCCGCCAUUAUCAGAUUCACACCACGAACGAAUUAACUGGUCUUUACGAGGGCUCGAGAACCUCCAGGCUGACCGUCGGAAGCCCCCUCGACCACCUAUGUCUAUAGCCAUGCUCACAGUUCUCAAGGCUACCCUUAUAUUAUCUGACCCCUUCGACGCCUGCGUUUGGGCGAUGGCAUCAUGUGCCUUCUUCGGUAUGAUGCGAUUCAGCGAAGUCUCCGUCACUUCCCGCUCAGCCUUUGACCCAUCCAAACAUCUCACACGGGCUCACGCGUUUUUCGGCCACGACCUGCAGAACAACCCUUAUGCACGCCUCGACCUUCCAUCGGCGAAAACAGCGCAAGCCGGGGAAACGCAGUCUGUUUUUCUCACCGAACAGGGAGAUUUAUGUCCGCUGGCAGCUCUCCGCAAUCUGACAAUGGUCGUUCCUGCCCUCGCAGAUGACCCUUUGUUUUCAUGGCGCGAUAGUAGGGGUGAGAUUCGCCCGAUGGUGAGAGUUCGAGCUUUAGAGCGGAUCAACUUGAUUUUGAGAGCGUGGGGGUGGGGCACACCAUUCGGUCAUUCGUUUCGCAUAGGCGGCGCAUCAUUUUACCUUGCAAAGAAAGUCGACCCCGAAAUAAUUCGAAUUGCUGGCCGGUGGAAGUCAUUGGCAUAUGAGACUUACAUCCGCGCGUUCGAGCAGAUCUCCUCCCAGCCCUUAGCUGAUACUACAUCUUCCUAACCGUCGCAUCCACGUUUGGUUGGACUAGGCAGUUAUGAGCCGCGUGUCGCUCCGGCUUGUUCGUCCAACCUAAUAGAUCGUGUCGGCGACUCUCGAGCAAGUCGAAGCUGGAAUGUCCAGGUGCCGGGUGAUGCAGCCUGCCGGAAUGUCCCAGCACCAUGCGUCUAACUGAGCGAUUUCGCUGUUCGCUUCUUUCAUUCGUUUUUCCGUGCACCACGACGUCGAGUUCGUCGUUCAUCGCACCCCUCACUCGCUCGAACAGUCUUUCU